GCUGGACAAUACCAGAUGAGCCAUUUGUGGUUAGCCACAUGUGUUAACAGCAUCGCGAAACAGAAACUUGUCGACAAAGGCGAGUUGCUGGUGAAAGGCCUCAAGUGCCUUGUCAUAGACCCGGAAUGCAAAAAUAUCAAGAUGAAGCUUCUUUGGCUUCCCCCACACCUCGAACAGAGACGGAUUGUUGAAGCGCUAGAGCCAUAUGGCACAGUGCAGUCCAUCACGAGAGAAAUGUGGCGGUGUGAUGGCAUGGAGGGCUGGCAAAUGACUAAUCGAGACGUCGCGUUCACAUUGAAAGAUGGGGUUUCUGCCAGUAAUCUGCCACAUCUAUUGAGCAUAUAUGGCCACCAGUGCCUUAUCUUGAUUCCUGGCCGACCACCACUUUGCCUCCGGUGCAACAGAGUUGGGCAUAUCCGGCGACACUGUAGAACACCGCGCUGCAGUAACUGUCACCGCUAUGGUCACCCUGCAGAUGCAUGCAUCGGAACCUACGCUGACAAACUUCGUGCAAAUAGACCAGCUGAGGAUGAUGCCAUCACCGAUCAUCUAAUGGACGUGAGCGAAGUUGUGGACGCAACUGGCGAAACACUCCCUGAGACUCAUCGACAAGAACAGAUUAAGCCGUCAUCGGCUGACAUUAGCGUUAGCCAGAAGCCUGCGAGCGAGGAUGAGACUAAGGCACCUGACGACGAACCAACUGUGUCUUGGGCAGAAUCUCCACCAGUUCAAGAUCGCCCACCGUCAGUGGAAUCUGGAUCGAUGUGCGAGGCCGCCAAGAAGCGUCCAGCGCCAUCCGACAAUCCAUCGCCCUCGGCAAAGGAGGCUCGCGUUCUCAAGGUGUCAAAGUUGACAAAACCGCUCCGGGGAACACCUACACCUGCUGAUUUCACAUAUGACUGUGUACUGUAUCGUGAGAUUCGUGAUGAUAAGGACCACAAGAUUCUACAGACUGAUCUCAAUAACAUCGCCGCUUGUUGCAAAACUGGCUCAUGGAACUAA